AUGUCCGAAAAAUCCUCAGGGGCCCUCAACAACACUGAGGAUGCGGCUCCCCUUGGUCCUCCUACCUACGAAGAGGUUGACAGCACAGUUCCCGCGUACCAUGACGAAGUGAUUCCAUCGUCCUCUUCUUCGCACAAACCUCUUCUCUUCCCGGUAGAAUUCACUCUCAGCUACCGGCUAGGACGCUCCCUUUCGUUCCUCUACGAAACAAAAGAUCAGCCCCUCUACGCCAUUAGAACACCGCGUGUCGCUACUGGCUGGACUGAGAUCGUGCUACUCAAUGGCACCGACAAGCUCAGUGCCCCCUUGGCCUCAGCCAGUGUUGAGAAGGGCAGCAAGACGACGCGCACUAAUCUCAGGCUCAUGCCCCGGCCAAACGGAUCCUACCAAGAACCUAUCGAUAUUAGCAUGUCUGGAAACUACAGCACGAGGCAUCAAUUUACCCUACCCACAGGCCCCGGAGGCGAGCAAGAGUCCUUUGAAUGGCGCUCUAGCAAAGGCAGGCUGAUCAAGGACCUCGUUGGUGGUUUCCAAUUCGGCGCCAAGCUUGUGCGCCUAGGUGGCCCAACCAUUGCCCCAGUGGGCAACGGUGGCUCUGAUGAUGGGGAUGAUAGGGAGAUGGACGGGAUCACUAGUGAUGGAAAGUCUGUUGUCGCCAUCUAUGCUGGCGACCGCUGGCAUUACAGCCAGUGUAAGUUUCGCUUCAUCAAUGAAGGCGCCAGGGGUCAGUUGGGUGAAGUUUUCGAGCUCGCCGCUGUAAUGAGCUUCGUGCGCCUUUUUGAAGUCCAAAUAGCCGCCGGAAUCUCGGCGAGUUACAUGUCUGCUUCAUCAGCUUCAUCCGCGGCAGCUGCGGCUUCCGCCUAA